AUGGCGAACAAUUUACAUCAUGUUGUAAGUGCAAUGCCAGAGGCCAUUUCGUAUACAUUAUUAAAAGAAAUUACAAAGAACUUUUCAGAUGAGCUAAAAAUUGGUGAAGGUGACUUUGGAAAAGUCUACAAGGCAAUAUAUAAUGAAGAAGAAAUUGCUGUGAAAAGGCUUUUUCUGAUAUCGGGCCUUGUUGAUGAGACAAAAUUUAACAAUGAACUUCUUAAUCUUGUGUGUGUCCAACAUCAAAAUAUUGUCAAGUUAGUUGGCUACUGUUAUGCAAUACAACGUCAAGUUACUGAAUACAAUGGAAAACAAACUUUUGCUAAUGUGGAUGAGAGAGUUCUUUGCUUUGAGUACUUUCCCAGUGGGAGCCUCAAGAAGCAUCUCUCUGAUGAAUCACGUGAACUUAAUUGGUACAGACGUUACAAAAUAAUUGUCGGGAUUUGUGAGGGUCUAAAUUUCCUUCACAAUGGAUCUGAAAGAGAAAUUUACCAUCUUGAUUUAAAGCCUGCAAACAUAUUGUUGGAUGAGAACUGGAUGCCAAAAAUUUGUGACUUUGGUCUGUCAAGACUCAUUAAUGAUUCAACAAGAAGCUUUAACACAGAACAUCUUUGUGGAUCACAUCCCUUCAUGCCACCAGAAUACAUAGAGACUGGCGGAAUCUCUAAGAAGCAUGAUGUAUUCAGCUUAGGCGUCACAAUCAUACAAAUAAUUGCAGGACCUAACGGCUAUGGCGAAUAUGUAGACAUGCCUUUCAAUAGAUUUGCAGAACUUGCACUCUUGAACUGGAGGGGAAGGAUAGAGGGAACAUCAAAGCACGUGGAAGAAUACUGCCAGCAAGUCAAGAAAUGUAUCACAAUUGCAUCAGCUUGCGUGGGACAUGACAAAGACAAAAGGCCAACUAUAGGGUCUACGUUGGAACAACUACAAGCCAUAACUCAUAGAACAGUAGAAGAAGAAGAAAGAGAAGGAGAACAGGAGCAGUUGGAACAGAUAGAAACCACGAUUGACAGAACAAUAGAAGAAGAAGAAAGAGAAGGAGAACAGGAGCAAAAGAAUUUUCAAGUUGUUAAGUAUGGGCCUUGGGGUGGAAAUGGCGGAACUGCCCAUGACAUCGGGGCAGCAUCUUCCCUCCGUCUCAAAAGUGUGACAAUUCGUUAUGGCGAUAUCAUUGAUUCACUUACGUUUUCAUAUAGCGAUCACAGUGGGUAUGUGCACACCGUUGGCCCAUGGGGUGGUACUGGUGGUGCGAACAAAUAUACGAUCAAUCUUGAUCCAACAGAUUUUGUGAAAGAAAUUUCUGGCAAAUUUGGUCCAUAUCCCUUAUCACAUUCCAAUGUCAUAACAUCUCUCAAGCUGGUAACCCAUGAGGAUACAUAUGGCCCUUUUGGAUUUGUAGAAGGAACUCCUUUUUGCGGCACAUUGGAAAGCGGAUGGGCUAUAGUUGGCUUCUUUGCACGUGCGGAGAGGUAUGUUCAUAAAAUUGGUGUGUAUGCCAGACCUUUGACGCUUGAUGCAGAAGGACUGACAGUGGCCACAACACCCGGCACCUCCGGUGCAACCACAAGUAAAUUAUUCUCUCCAUUAUUGCAUAUUGUCAGCCGUUCACAACUUCAUAGAACCCCACCAAUGCAUGCAUCAUUUUUUUUCUAG